UUUAUAAUGUGCUUUAAUUUUUUCACUAGUCAUGAAAAACCUAUGAAUAAUAAAACAAAGUCAUGUAUGUGUCUUCCUUUAUCAUGCUUAAGUGAUAAAUCAUGCAAAGAAGAGUGUGAAAUAAUGAAACUUCCCAAUGAACAAAGUGGCUUAGAUUUAUAUGAUUGUUUUUUUGGGGAUGAAAUGCCUGUAUAUGUAGGAAAGUCUCAUGGAAGCUCAAAAAAAUCAAAUAAAGAUAUACAAGUGAAUAGUAAUGCAUUAAAAGAUAUUUUUGAAAUAAAUCCUCAAUAUGAUGAUGGAAAUGUAGAAGAAAUUAUUAAAGGAUUAUCAAAAAAUACAUCAAGCUUAAAAAAUCUUAAAUUAAAUAAAUUAUUUGAUAAUCCUCUAGAUAGAGAAAGCAAAUGUACUGAAUUAAUAACAAUGAGUAUGAAUUCUCAACAAAUGCUUGGAAAGUAUGGCUUUAAUUUAUUAAAUCGGGAACUUGGAACUAUACCAGAAAACGAGGUUUUACAUUGUUUUUAUACAACAUAUAAUAGAAAACAUGUUCAUAUAUAAUAAAAUUAUAUAUGAAAAGAAAUAAUUAACAUGUUUUUUUUUAU